CGCAUUUUGCGCUUGCGUCAUUGCACAGCUGUGAGCCGGCAAACACAUUUCCAGUCUCAUUUAGAUAAAAAUAAAUAUAAAUAAUGUCUUGCGUGGAAGCCGUUGGUGAGCUGGAGACACGCCUAGCUGAGACUACGCUGGAGGAUGUGGCCAGUCGCCAUCGACGUGAGCGCAAGGAGCUGCAGGCCAAACUGCAGGCGAUGAAGAAGAAUGCGCCCAAGAACAACAAAAACAAGCGCAAGGAGUUUCUCGAGGAGAUGACACGUCUGGAGAGCGAGAUGGACCAGCGUCACAAGGCAGAGCUCGCGGGUGUUGCCUCCGCAGAGCCGGCAGCAACUGCAGCUGCCGAGAGCGAUCACGACAACGACAAAGAGGAGGUGCACAAUGGCGAGGAGGAUGCGGAUGGCACGCAACAACAGCGUGUGUCUAAGGCGCAGAAGCGCCGCAACAAAAAGGAGCGCGAAGCCCGCGAGCGUGCGCAGGAGAUACGCGUGGAAUUGCAGAAUGCGGCCAAUCAGCCGUCGCCCAAGCAAAUUGAACUGCAACAAAUCACUGCUAAGUUGAGUGGUCGCCAGUUGACGCUGCACAUGAUUGCCUCCGAUGGUGACUGCCUUUACCAUGCUGUGCGCCAUCAGCUUCAGGUUAAUGCGCUGCCCGGCCACAGUGUGCAACAGCUGCGUCAAGAGACUGCAAACUAUGUGCGCGCUCACAAGGAUUCGCUCAUUUGCUACAUGACGCAUCCGGAGACAGGAGAUCUGCUGAACGACGAGCAAUUUGAGGCAUACUGCGAUGACAUCGCAAAGACUCACGCCUGGGGCGGACACAUUGAACUGAAGGCGUUGUCGUCGCUCUUGCGCGUGCCCAUCGAAGUCAUUCAGGCAGAGGGAUCUGCCACUUUGUUGGGUCAGGAGGAGUUUGGCGGUGCUCCGCUUGUGAUCUGCUAUCAUCGACAUAUCUACCAGUUGGGCGCCCAUUAUAACUCGACGUUGCCAGUGGACAAAUAACUCACAAAUGCAUUUAAUGUAAUACCUUUUUUUAUUGAUUGAUAUUUAAUAUAUAUUGGAAGAUUUGAAUUAUUGUCAAAAAUUGCAAA